UAAACAUAUUGAUCCUGAUCAGCAAGAAAGAUAUCUUAAAGGGUUGAUGGCGUUUUAUCAAGGUCCUAUACGUUCUGAUUCAUCAAAAGAUAAAGUUGUAUAUGGAGAAGAAUUCCUUAAAGCUCUUAUACUUUUAUAUAUUGAAAAAGGAGAAUUUGAAAAACUUUUGAAUAUCCUUGAAGAUUAUUUAUUAUCUGCACCAUAUAGUGAAAAUUCAUUAUUUUAUGAAUAUGCAGGGAUGGCAGCAUUAGAAUUAAGUCAGAAGACGACAAUUACAACAGAAAGCAAACGAUUUUAUGAAAGAGCAGAAUAUAUGUUUCAAAAAGCUAAAGAAAAGAAUAAAAAUAUUUCUUAUGAGAAUGUUUUUAAUAUGUUUUCAAACAAGAAUAGCAAAACAGAGAAUUAAAUCAUCUUUUAUAUUAAAACAUAUGAUAUUUUACAAAAUAAUUUAU